CCCCCCCCCCCACCUUUCCUGUUAUGACAGGCGUGCGCUACAACAGCUUGUUCUGAAUGUGCACGUAAAACCCUAUGACCUGACCUGAUUUCCAGUCUUAUCCAAAUUAGGCAUAUUUCCUCUAUGUAUAUUCGGGUGCAUUUUAAUGUGUUGUUCUAGAGACCUCUCCAAAAUGUAUUGUGAAGAAAAAAUUAUGUUGUAAUUUGAGGUGAGUUUGGCUAAACUAAACUGAUUAACUAAAAUAUCAGUGAUUCGUUUCUAUUGAAUUUCUGUUUAACCGAGUUCUCCUAGCCGAAACCUACAUUAAAGCGUUCUGCUCUAUAUACAGUAUUUUUCUUUUUAAAAACCACAGUGAUAUCGACAUACCAUUUCUAACUAAAUAUAAUCUUUUGUCAAUUUAUGUUACAUUGGAAGUCGAUCGACCUACUCAACAGACGUACAUCGCACACUUGUAUAACGAAGAGCAAGUGUUGAAAUACCUCAACAUAUGAUAACUAUGGUUUAAUCAACUCCCAGAUCAGGUUGCCAGGGUCUGGAUUGAAAAUUAACGUUGCGGAAAGACACGGGCUUAGGAUGUGAUAAGAUAUCACUUGCCGGAUUCGUUUCGAGUUGUGAUGUGUCAUAGCCAGCUUUGUUUUGUAGAUCCACAUAGCCACGAUCACGGGACACACACACCUUCCCACCUGCGUCAUAUUGAAUUCUUAGGGGAACAAAAAUAACAGUUAAAACUUGAUACACAACUAUCCACAAGCACCAAACGCCUAGAGUUUGAGGAUUUAAACAAACAUGGAACAUGGAAUAGAGAGGAUACCGGCUUCUCGUUUUAAGCAGAUGGAUAGCUAAGAAUCGUGCAGUUAUUGAGGAGAUGCAGAGGUCGCACAGUUGAGCAACGUGGAGACGUUUUUUUCUGGAUGUUCUUUUGGAUAUCAGCUUAUUGAUGAAUUCAUCCUGAGUUAUUGCUGUGCCAUGUGGAGGGAUGAUCGACUUUCUACAUUUUACCUGUUGCUGCUGUUGCUUUAAGUUGCUGUUUGCCUCAUUUUGGUGACAAGAUGGCGACCAGUGGUCAGCCACCCGACGAGCGCUGUGAUAGAAAUCAUGAUUUUUCAAGUUUUGAUCCUACUACUGGAUGUGAUAUGUACACCCCUGCAAGAGAUAACCCAUCAGAUUAUUAAGAUGGGUGUUCUGUUCCAAGUAUAUCCGCGCCUGCGCAUUCUGUACGUCUUCUGGAUGUAUUUGGAGAGUGUACUAUUUGCUGGCGUCAUAUAUGGCUGGAGCUCUUUCGUGUUCAUUUUCAAAGAGGAAGGAAUCUACGCACACCUCUGUGACGUCGACAGCAACAUCACCACGUCACUGACCGGCUUGACGAACUCGCCACCCUCCUUCAGCACAAGCUCCGCGGUGGCAGAAGAUGGGAAUGAGAAGACAACCCAACAAAGUUGUGUCGAACAAGAUUCUAUGUUCAAUCUGGCGUUCACCGUUUCAACUGUCAUAAUCACCAGCAGUACUGUUGUGGCCGGUUACAUGCACUACAAGUUCGGAAUUACAGUCGUCCGAGUGAUAGCUAUGUUCAUGGUCGUGAGUGGCUAUUUGAUGGUAGCAUUCCUUAACCCAGAGACGCCAUGGUUAAUAUUUCCCGGAUUCACCUGCGGAGGGAUUGGAGGACUCAUAAUAGUGAUUUCAAACUACGAAAUUGCCAACCUGUUUACUACUGCCAGGUCGACGGUUUUAGGACUGUUAUCUAGUACAAUAAGUGUAUCCUCGUCCGUGUCACUAGCUGUCAAGAUCGCCUUUCAAAAUGGUAUCCGACGCCGAGAUUCGUUCCUGGUGCUGUGUGCCUUACAGAGUAUGAUUUUCAUCAGCACAUUUUUCUUCCUGCCCAGGAAAAUCAUCCACAAAGCAGAGUCCAUGAACGACUUGAGUAUCAUGGUGAAAAUAGAUAGCGAGGUAUGUGAAGACAAAACCAAGUCACGGGUGGAUCAUGAUGGUAACAAGUCGCAGGUGGAUUAUGGAGUAACACUUGCUGAUGGUAACACGUCACAGGUGGACUAUGAAAUAACAUGCGCUGAUGGUAACAAGUCGAAGGUGGAUCAUGGAGUAACACGUGCUGAUGGUAACAAGUCGCAGGUGGAUGAAGCACAACUAGCUAAUGGAAGUGAGUGUGCCAAGGACGUAUUAGUAACCAUGGACGCUGUGUCAAUAUCCAAACAUGUUGAACAAGUGAAAGACAGUCGCGGAAUAUCGCCUCCCAGUGAUACAGGCAGGAUAUCUGUUUCCAAUGAUACGGAUGGAUUACCGAGUUCCAGCAAUAAGAAGCAAAUAUCCUCUUCCUGCAUUAGGGAUGGACAACGUUCACUCAAGAGUUGUCUGUUAUCGGCACCGUUCAUCUUGCAUGUGUUGUGGACGAGUGUCCUCAACCUCAGAGCCCUCUACUUCAUCCAGACCCUCAAUCCGUGGCUAAACUUCAUCUUCAACAACGACAAAAGUAAAGUGAGCUAUUACACGGACGCGUGGCUAUACAUUACGAUGGGAUCAAUCCUGACAUCUCUUCUAGCAGGCGCCAUUCACGACUGGCAGAAGAAAUUAUUUGCAAAAAGUUUGUCUGUUAAGCGCUGUCAGCGUAUGCCGUAUGUGCUGCCGUUGUCCCUGACAACCGUACUGGGCGUGUGUCUGUCCAUCCUGAUGUUUGUCCCUCUGUCCGAGAGUCUGUACGCGACGUUCAUCGAUUUCAUGUUGCUGCGGUCCUUCCUGUACACCAUGACGGUUUCCUUCCUCAACUCCGUAUUCCCCACAGAAUACUGCACCGUGCUUCUAGGCUGUCUUCUUAUAACAAUGGCUUUGCUUAGCUCUCUCCAGUACGCCCUGUUUGAGUGGGUAAAGGCCACCAGUUAUGAUCAGGUCAAUCUGUUUCUGGUGUUUUUGGUGUGUGUCGCAUUUCUCCACCCAGCCUACCAAUGGUACAAAAGUCGACAAGCAGAAUUCAAAGUCACGAAACAGCAAUCUUUAGAUGGCGAAAUUAAAUAAUAAAAACUGUUCCAAAAUUCCUCAGAAAGCUCUGACUUUAUUUCAUUUCAGCUUAUUUUCGUGCUUAUAUCCAAUUAAGGUUCAAGAAUGCUGUCCUGGGCACACACUUCAGCUAUCUGGGCUGUCUGUCCAGGACAGCGGGUUAGUGGUUAGUGGUUAGUGAGAGAGAAAAGAAUGUAGUGGCCUUACUUUAGUGGAUGGGAUUAAUGUGUGCGUGGUGCCAUGUAUUCAUUGCAGUUUACGUGUUCGUCAAUGUAAACAGUUGAAUUAAAUUUUGACAUACCA